UUGAACUUUCCAUUACAAUGCCAACCAUCACUUCCUCACACUUCUUCCUCAUCCUUUCGCUCCUUCCAUUUUGCUUCACAUGGCUUGCUUUUGGAGACACACUGUCAGAGAAUGAAGUGUGGGUGCUGAAAGAUAUAGCUAAAACACUUGGAAAGAAGGAUUGGGACUUCAAUGUAAAUCCAUGCCACUGGAACAACCAGACAGAAAGUAAUAUGAUUCUUUGCAAUUGCAAAAUAACCAAUCGCAGCUCCUGCCAUAUUCAGAAAAUAGCUCUGAAAUCACAGAGUCUUCAAGGUGUUCUCCCCCCACAACUGAACAAAUUACCUUAUCUCCAAGAAAUUGAACUCAGUAGUAACUACAUUAGUGGUUCAAUCCCUAGAGAAUGGGGCUCCUCCAACCUUCAAAAAAUUUCACUUCUUGGAAACAGACUAACUGGUCCAAUCCCAAAAGAGCUGGGAAACCUCACCAAUCUUACACGCUUGAUCCUUGACUUCAAUCAAUUAUCUGGAAAUCUUCCUUUAGAACUCGGAAAUCUUGUCCUCAUUCAAGAACUGCGUCUAAGUUCCAAUAACUUCACUGGUCCAUUGCCAGCAAAUCUUUCGGUACUUACUGCAAUGACGGAUUUCCGAAUUAGUGACAACCAGUUAUCUGGCAACAUACCUGAUUGGCUUCGAAAUUGGACAAGUCUUAGCAAACUAUAUAUGCAAGGCUCUGGUUUGAAAGGACCAAUUUUUUCUCCUGGAAUUUCACUCCCACACUUAAACGACUUGAGGAUUAGUGACUUGAAUGGACCUGAUUCAACUUUUCCACCACUUGAAAAUAUGAAAAAUCUGAGUAUUUUGAUAUUAAGGAGUUGCAAUAUCAAUGACACAUUUCCUCAGUAUUUUGCAGACCUGCCGAAAUUGAAAAUGUUAGACCUAAGCUAUAACAAAUUAAAUGGACAAGUGCCAGGAAGCCUUCAACAAUUCAGUGCAGCAGCCAACAUAUAUUUAACAGGAAACUUCUUCACUGGAUCGGUGCCUGAGUGGACAAUGGACAAUAACAGAAGUUUAGAUCUUUCAUAUAACAACUUCAGUUUUGGAAACCAAGAGCCUAAAACAUGCUACCAGCAAAAUGUGAACUUGUUUGCAAGCUUUUCAAGGAAUAAUUUAGGACCAGUGUCUUGUAACAGCAGCAGUAGAACCUGUACUGAAAAAGUUAAAUCUCUACAUAUAAAUUGUGGUGGAAACCAGACUACUAUUGGAGGUAUAACAUAUGAUGAAGAUAUAUAUCCUGCUGGACCAGCAGUAUAUAGACAAAGUGGAAACAAUUGGGCAUUGAGCAACACAGGUCUCUUCAUGGACAAUAAUAAUACUCAUCAAGGACAGCUUCUACCCUAUACCACAAAAAAUGAAACUAGGCUUUACAUGACUAAUGCUGAAUUAUAUAAGAAUGCACGUGUUUCUCCUAUGUCAUUGACUUAUUAUGGAUUUUGUUUAGCAAAUGGAGUUUACACAGUAAAGCUUCACUUUGCUGAGAUAAUGUUCACUGAUAAUAGCACAUUCAGGGACUUAGGGAGGCGUGUAUUUGAUGUAUACAUUCAGGGAACGCGAGUGUUGAAAGAUUUUAACAUUGCAAAUGAAGCAGAAGGAGUUGGAAAGGAACUCAUAAAAGAAUUUCUUGCUCGUGUGAGUGAUAAUGACCUGGAGAUCCGCUUCUACUGGGGAGGCAAAGGGACAACCUCUAUUCCAUAUAAAUCAGUACAUGGUCCUCUUAUAUCUGCCAUUUCUGUCACGUAUGGUGGGUUUUCACAUUCCACAGGUGGAUCCAAAACAAAAGAAGACUCAGAAGGUGGCAUGUCUGCAGGAGUUAUUGCUGUAAUUGCAGUUGCAUUGGUGAUUGUUGUCAUCUUGGUUACAGUUUGCGUACUUUGUUGGAGUGGUUUCAUUAGUGGUUGUUGUCAUCCUGAUUCUUGUUGGCAUUCUUUGCUGGAGGGGUUAAGGACAAACUCAAGCUUCGUACGUCAUUUUGGUGGAAAUGAACAUUUAUUGAUGCAAGAUCUCAGGGACAUAGAACUGCAAACUGGUGUAUUUACCUUGCAUGAAAUCAAAGUUGCAACAAAGAACUUUGAUAUUUGCAAUAAGAUUGGAGAAGGAGGCUUCGGUCCUGUUUAUAAGGGCAUUCUGCCAAACGGAAAACCAAUAGCAGUUAAGCAACUUUCUUCUAAAUCAGACCAAGGAACCCGAGAGUUUAUAAAUGAGAUUGGCAUGAUCUCUGCUCUGCAACAUCCUAAUCUUGUUAAACUUUAUGGUUGUUGUGCUGAGGGUGAUCAAUUGUUGUUAGUGUAUGAAUAUAUGGAAAACAAUAGCCUAGCACGUGCUUUAUUUGACUCAGAAGAUAGCCAUUUAAAAUUGAAUUGGGCAACAAGAAAAAAAAUUUGUAUUGGCAUUGCUAGAGGUUUAGCUUUCCUGCAUGAAGAAUCAACACUGAAAGUUGUUCAUAGAGACUUAAAGACCUCUAAUGUGUUGCUUGAUGAAGACCUAAACCCGAAGAUAUCUGAUUUUGGUUUGGCUAGACUUCGUGUGGGGGAAAAUACACACAUAAGCACCAGAAUUGCAGGGACUUGGGGAUACAUGGCUCCUGAGUAUGCAAUGCAUGGUUAUCUAACUGAAAAAGCAGAUAUUUUUAGUUUUGGAGUUGUUAUCUCGGAAAUUGUAAGUGGAAAGAGAAACACUAUUCGGCAGUCAAAAGGGGAAGCUUUCUAUCUUCUGGAUUGGGCACGUUUGUUGAAUGAGAGAGGUAACAUAAUAGAGCUAGUUGAUCCAAAGUUAAAUUUAGAUUUCAAUGAAGAUGAGGUAAGGUUGAUUGUCAAAGUGGCUCUCCAUUGCACCCAUGUUAAUUCAAGCUACAGACCCUGUAUGUCUUCAGUGCUAAGCAUGCUUGAAGGCAGAACAAUGGUCCCAGAGUUUGAUUCACAGUGUAGUGAAGUGAUGGAUGCGAUGAAGCUGGAGGUAAUGAGAGAGUUUUACAGUCAAAUGGAUGAAAAUAAGACAAGUGACACAAGAAGUUUGAGCUUAAAAGGUGUUCCAUGGACUGAUUCUUCUUCAACAUCUACAGACCUUAAUUUGACUCAGCUUGAUGCUUAAAACAAACUGAGAGAGUAUGUGAAUUGCAUCCAUUUGCUUGAUUUGCUGAGAUGGUUGGUCAUAUCAUAGUUCAAAAACAAAUGAUUUAAGACAUGGUAAAACCAACAUUACUAGUCAGAACACACUAGAUUGAGUGCAGGAUUAAAGAAAAAGUAGACACAAUCUUGGUUAACAAAACCCCAUGCAAUUCCGAAGUGAUGUAUGACUUGAUGUAUUAUAGAUAUUGUGCUGUGUUUCAUGAUAAGUUUAACUAUAUUCA